AUGGCCACACACCGUGAAAACAACGGCUUCCACAUCGACACGGUCGCCCAUAUCAUCCGCAAGACCCUCCUCAACGAGUACGUCACGCUGCCCCUCGCAGCAGCAGCGACCUGGCUUAGCCGACCGUCCUUUUCCUCCUCCUCCCCGGCAGCCACACACCUCGGCCGCAUCCUUGACGUGGUCUUGGCCUCCAACUCCGCAUUCGGCAUCAACCUCGACCUCGACCUCGCCCUCCCGCAGCUCGCGCGCCUGGCACUCUGGCUCGGUGGCACAGGCCUGCUCCUCUCGGCCAACACCCUCCUCAACAAGUGGGCGAGCAACAACUGGACCCCCUGUCUGCCGGGCGAGUGGGCGCACUGGGAGCGCGAGAUCGUCGUGGUGACGGGCGGCAGCAGCGGCAUCGGCGAGCACGUGGUCAAAGCCCUGCUCGCGCGCAACCCGCGCACGCGGAUCGUGAUCAUCGACUUCGCCCCGCUGUCGUGGACACCACCACCCACCACCAAAAACCUGCACUACUACCAAGCCGACCUAAGCAAGCCGGAGCAGAUCCGUGCCGUGUGCGCGCGCGUGCGCGACGAGGUGGGCGACCCGACCGUGCUGAUCAACAACGCGGGGCUCGUGCGCGGGCGGACCGUGCUGGAGGGCACGUACGGCGACGUGGAGGCGACGGUGCGGACAAACCUGACGGCGCCGUUCCUGCUGCUGAAGGAGUUCCUUCCCGCGAUGGUGCGGGCCAACCACGGGCACGUGGUCAGCCUGUGCUCGAGCAGCGCGCUGAUGCCGCCGCCGGACCUGGUCGACUACGCGGCCAGCAAGGCCGGCGUGCAGGCAUUGCACGAGGGGCUGGGCAUGGAGUUGCGGUAUCGGCAUGCUGCGCCGCGGGUGAGGUUGACGAAUUGUGUUUUCAACUUCAUCAAGACGCCGCUGGUUAGGGGAACGCCGACGCAGCCGCAGUUUCUGGCGCCGAUGCUGCAUGUUGAGACGGUUAGUGAGGCUAUUGUGGAUGCGCUGUACAGUGGGUAUGGAGGAGUGCUGUACCUGCCGGGGUUGAUGCGAUAUGUCGCCAUGUUGCGGGCGGCCCCGGAAUGGCUUUUCCGUGUGCUUAUCAAGAAUAGUACCGCCCAGUUGGGAGUCGAUCUCCGGGGGAGACAGGCCAUCGACGCGACUGGGUCGCUGCAGCAGGCCGAGACAAAGUAA